UGUAAUGUCUAUUUCAAAAAUUUCUAACCUAACCUCAAUCUUAGUAACCCUGCGAAACCUAUUUAUUAUUCGUAUUUCUUGUAAAUAAAAUUAAUUGGACAUUAGUAAUGUACCGCGUCCUAUAUGGGCGACUUCUGGCAAUGCCGGUUACGGCGGACGUGCGCGCUAUGCACAGCGCAGCACCGUUGUUUGCCGCUGCCAAGAAAACAACAUCCGCCGCUGGAGGAGUAAUGGGGUUAGGCAAAGGAAAGAAGAAGCUAGGUAAGCUGGGUACCAUGGAGAAGCGUGAAUUGCCAGUCGAGACGGACCCACAGAAGCUUGUCACUCAAGUGUGUGGUGCCAAUAUUUAUACCACAGGAGAAGACCCCAAGCUGGGCCCAGACAGUGAAUACCCCGACUGGCUUUGGGAGUUGCACACAGGCCCCGCGCCGCCGCUGGAAUCGCUAGACCCCGACACGAAGGCCUACUGGCUGCGCGUGCGCGCCGCCGGCAUGCGCCGCAAUAACAAGCUACGAUCGCUGCGCAAGUUUUAAAUGUAUCUCUGGCUUUGUCAUUAUUUUUUUUUUAUUAAUGCUGCAUACUGCAUAAAAAGUGUCGAGUUAUUUAAAGAUUGCUACGAUAUUAUUUUCUCCAUACGAUAUGAUGCUUUAUGCAACAUACGGCAUCAACGGGAGGCCAAGGUUUAUUUAGAGUGCACUUUUUUAUCGCAUUUCAGCCAUAUGCACAGAUUGUGAUGAAAGUAGUCAAGGUUUAGAGAACAAGUGUUUUGUGUUGAAACUUUAUAUCUCUUGGAAUAUGUAUUUCAAGUAAUAAAAACAGAUAUAAGGAUGCCUAGUUUUUAAGUAGGAAGUGUAAAUAAAAUAUUAGUUUUUAAA